AUGGUCUGGUCCUUUUGGAUCACGACUAGCAUGUUUACGCCCGGUGUUGGGGGAACUACCCAAAAAAUCAACGACACCUGGAUGUCACUGACAAGAAAUGACUAUCAGGAAGACCUAGAACAGCUACACGCAAAAAAUGUCUCGGCAGACACUCGAGCCGGUAUAUCAAGCAUUGUCAUUUCUCGUGAUCCUGAACGACAGACCGUCCCGUAG